UCCCGGCGCGACUUCCUGUUGUGCCCGCGCCCCGCCGCCGCCGCCACCGCCACGGCCACCACCGCCGCCCGGGGUCCCUCGCCCACUGCCCGCGGCCUGCAGCGGCCGCCGCCCAUGGAUUUCACCUAGCGCCGGUGGCCAUGGCGGCACAGUGCUGCUGCCGCAAGGCGCCCGGUGCCGAAGCGGCACCCGCCCGCCCGCCGCCCGAGCCGCCGCCCGCCCUGGACGUGGCCUCGGCCUCCAGCGCGCAGCUCUUCCGCCUCCGCCACCUGCAGCUCGGCCUGGAGCUGCGGCCCGAGGCGCGCGAGCUGGCCGGCUGCCUGGUGCUGGAGCUGUGCGCGCUGCGGCCCGCGCCCCGCGCGCUCGUGCUCGACGCGCACCCGGCCCUGCGCCUGCAUUCGGUCUCGUUCCGCCGCGCCCCUGCCGCCUCCGAGUCGCCCUGCACCUUCGCCUUCCCUGUCCCCGGGUUGGGGCCCCCGCUGCCCGCUUUCGCAAAUACGUCUGACGCGGAGUCCGCCGGCUGCCCUCUGGCCUUCAGGUUGGACCCAUUCACCGAUUAUGGCUCCUCGCUGACCGUCACACUGCCACCCGAACUGCAGGCGCACCAGCCCUUCCAGGUUAUCCUGCGCUACACCUCCACGGACGCCCCCGCAAUCUGGUGGCUGGACCCAGAGCUGACCUAUGGCAAUGCCAAGCCUUUCGUCUUCACCCAGGGCCACUCUGUGUGCAACCGCUCCUUCUUCCCGUGCUUCGAUACGCCCGCCGUCAAGUGCACCUACUCAGCCGUUGUCAAGGCCCCACUAGGGGUACAGGUGCUGAUGAGUGCAACGCGGAGCGUGUACGUGGAGGGGGAAGGCGUCUACCACUUCCACAUGGAGCAUCCUGUACCUGCCUACCUCGUGGCUCUUGUAGCCGGAGACCUCAAGCCAGCGGACAUUGGGCCCAGGAGCCGUGUGUGGGCUGAGCCAUGCCUCCUGCCCACAGCCACCAGCAAGCUAUCCGGUGUUGUGGAACAGUGGCUGAGUGCCGCAGAGCGACUAUACGGGCCGUACAUGUGGGGCAGAUAUGACAUCGUUUUCCUGCCACCCUCCUUCCCCAUCGUUGCCAUGGAGAAUCCGUGCCUCACCUUUAUCAUCUCCUCCAUCCUUGAGAGUGAUGAGUUCCUGGUGAUUGAUGUCAUCCAUGAGGUGGCCCACAGCUGGUUCGGCAAUGCUGUCACCAAUGCCACUUGGGAGGAGAUGUGGCUGAGUGAGGGCCUGGCCACCUAUGCACAGCGCCGCAUCACCACAGAGACCUAUGGGGCUGCUUUCACCUGCCUAGAGACAGCCUUCCGCCUGGACGCCCUGCACAGGCAGAUGCGGCUUCUUGGGGAGGAUAGUCCAGUUAGCAAGUUGCAGGUCAAGCUAGAACCAGGAGUGAACCCCAGCCACCUGAUGAACCUGUUCACCUAUGAGAAGGGCUACUGUUUCGUAUACUACCUGUCCCAGCUCUGUGGAGAUCCCCAGCGCUUUGAUGACUUUCUCCGAGCCUAUGUGGAGAAAUACAAAUUCACCAGCGUGGUGGCCCAGGACCUGCUGGACUCCUUCUUGAGCUUCUUUCCCGAACUGAAGGAGCAGAGCGUGGACUGCCGGGCAGGGCUGGAGUUCGAGCGCUGGCUCAAUGCCACAGGCCCACCACUUGCUGAGCCAGACCUGUCUCAGGGGUCCAGCCUCACCCGGCCUGUAGAGGCCCUCUUCCAGCUGUGGACUGCGGAGCCUCUGGAGCAAGCAACAGCUUCAGCCAGUGCCAUUGACAUCUCCAAGUGGAGGACCUUCCAGACAGCGCUCUUCCUGGACCGACUGCUAGAUGGAUCCCCGUUGCCCCAGGAGGUGGUGAUGAGCCUGUCCAAAUGCUACUCAUCCCUGCUGGACUCCAUGAAUGCUGAGAUCCGCAUCCGCUGGCUGCAGAUCGUUGUCCGCAAUGACUACUAUCCUGAUCUCCACAGGGUCCGCCGUUUUCUGGAGAACCAGAUGUCGCGCAUGUACACCAUCCCCCUGUAUGAGGACCUCUGCACCGGUGCCCUCAAGUCCUUCGCACUGGAGGUCUUCUACCAGACACAGGGCCGGCUACAUCCCAACUUACGCAGAACCAUCCAGCAGAUCCUGUCCCAGGGACUAGGCCCCAGUGCUGAGCCCAGUGCAGAGACCAGCACAGAGUUGGGCAGUGCUGAGGCAGACACGAACCCAGACUCGCCAGCCCUGCUACUUGGGGACGAGGCCCCCAGUAGCACCAUCUCUCUCAGGGAUGUCAAUGUGUCUGCCUAGCCUUGGUGACUGACCCUCAACCUCCCAGACACCACGAUUGUGCCUUCUGUGGUCCGGGCGCCAUGACUGCGCCUUGGCUCUGGCCACGAGCUCUGCCCAGGACCAUAAUCCCUUCCUACUGGCUCCAGGCCAGAGGCUUGGGAAAAGGAUCUUGUGUCCAUUGAGGCUUAUGGACCAGGGCCCACCCUGUCCCUGCUCUCUUGCACUGCGGGGCCCAGGGCUGGCCCAUACCCACCAUGCCUCCUGUCUCAACACUGACAGCCAUGCCUCACCCUGGAGCCAGCAUCUUCCGAACACUGCCCUGGGGACAGUGAUCCCAGCAGUCCCACAGCAACAACCACAAUGUGCCUUACACAUGCCAGAGACCCAGGAUGCAUGGCCCUGGAAGUGUGCUUUCCUGCAGAGCCCUAUCCUAUGUCUGGCCCCGGGGCUCGACUUGCUUGAGGGACAGUGGACAGAGGGGCAAGGGCAGGGAACAGAAGGAGAGGAUGGACCUCUCAAGCAGGUCUCCGUCUCUGCACCUGGAGUCCAGGCCCCAGAGGUACAGGGAAUGGCCUGUCCAUGUGGCUACCUGGGUACCAUUGGUGCUCAAUGUGUCUGCCUGCUCGGAGCGGCACUAGGCUGUGGGCUUCAGCCUGGGACCACUGCAGCAGGAACCACGGUAACUGUCCCAUUAAAUCUCCACUUUGCAGACCCGACCUUCCUUCCUGUUUGUCACUACCCUGUCUUUUGCACCUACCCAGCUGCCAUGGUAGGGCCAAAAGAGAUGAGAACUGGUCACAGGAGUCAUGGUCAUAGCCUGUCCCCAUAGACGGACGUAGAGAGAGAGAGACAGACAGACAGAGAGAGAGAGAGACAGACAGAGAGAGAGACAGAGAGAGAGAGAGAGACAGAGAGAGACAGAGAGAGACAGAGAGAGACAGAGAGAGAGACAGAGAGACAGAGAGACAGAGAGAGAGAGAGAGAGAGAGAGAGAGAGAGAGAGAGGUGAGAACCUACCCUAGAGACCGAAAUGGGGAACAGUAGGUCGCCCCUUGUUCUCUGCUCCUCAAUCAGACCUUGACUGAACAUGGCCUCUUCAGGACCCUAAAGAGGCUGUUUGUCUGCUUCAUUCUGGACUUUCACCUCUGUGACUCUGACCAUACCUCUGCCUCUUGGCACUGGGGCACCCAGACCUCCACAACCAGAGUGCAAGGGAGGUGUGCGUGACAGGGAUUGGUUGGGAAUGCUGAGACUGAACUCUAGCCUGGCAAGCUAUGGGGUUAGCUGUCUCUACUGACUGAGGCUCUAUCCCAUUCAAGAAUGAGACCCAUCCCUCACAACCAGCAGAGGGCAGAGGGGACCUUACAGAAGAAAGGUGCUACUGUUCUCACUGCUGUAACAGUGGCAGAAACAAUAAUUUGCUUUGGCUGUUUUUUUAGACCUUAGUGGCAGGGAAGGAAUGGCGGCGAGAGAAGCUUGGCAGUGGGGGCUUGUUGGGAUUCCUCAGUUCUACACAGCAGAGACAGCAAUUCAGGCAAAUAUAACUCGAAGACCAGCCCCUAGGGACCUAUUUCCACCAGCCCCAUCUCCUAAAGGUUCCAUAGCGUUCAAAGUAGCACCAUGAACUGAUGAUCUGAUGUUCCAAAUCUGAGCCUGGGUUGGGGACAGGAGGCGCUUUUAGAUGUAAAACGUAAUGGGAGGCUUGAGGGGGAGGAGCAUCUGAUUUUAAGCACCACUAGUUGGCAUAACCAAGAGUCCUGGAUAUCCCACUCAGCUUUGCCCUCUGGCUGAGGUGCCACCAUCCAGAGGGCCAACCUGAAGAUGUCUGCACAGCCCUCUUCAAUGGCAGAACUGCUUUCAACCUGUUCCUGCUAAGACUGCUUUCAAGCCUGCCACCACAAACUCAUCUGGGCUUCUCAUUGACAAUACAAGUUGACACCUUUGUGGUCUCCCAGAGCAUGGAUUCCAGUUUCUGGGUACCCCCACUGUACCCACAGUGUCCUCCAGACGCUCCUUAGAUCUGUACAAAGUCAGAAAUUACUCCCAGCAGUUACAGCCAUGGAGCUGUGCCUACCUAGAAUGCCAUCCUUAAUGUUGAUCCGCCGUGGCUCUGAAUGCCAUUAGAGGUACAGAGGAGCACACUUUCACCACAUCCUUGCAUUUCCGGUCUUCAUCUGUGUUUUCUCCAGCUGGCAAAGCUGGACUGCCUUGGCUCUACUCUCUUCCCUGUAAUAUCUUGCUAGGGCAGCCUGUAGCUGUCACUCACAGCCAGUGUUUCCAGCUUCCUCUACUGUGCCUACCUAACUCUGCCAUACUCUCUCUGCCUUGCGAGUCAUCAUCCAUCAUAGGUGGGCUUCAGAUGUUUUGCCCUCACGUUCCCAUGGCAAACCAACAUUUCAAACCCCGGUGUUUGCUUCCAUCCACAGCCUACCCCAGUCAGUACCACAUGCCCUGUGUCCUGUUGGCCAGCAUCUCUCCUCUGGGAGGUCUCUGCAUUAGAGGCUAACUUAUACCCAACACAGACAAUGGUGAGAGCCACACGGGGAUGGUGGGGGUAUGUUGUCUUUUUCUCCCUCUGGGGCUACCCAGGGACCUGUGCUGGUGGAAGGGAUUUCAAGUAUUUCCAGACAAUGUGCCAGAGAAUAAAAGCUAUAGAGGGUCAUGUGCCAUUUCUACCCCCAUAGCCCACCCUGGCUGUGCCUAGGAGUAUUUAGCAGGUAGUACCAGUUAAGGAGCGGAGGUUGAAAGGUUGGGGGAUAUGUACAUUUCAAAAGAAUAGGGAUGAGCUAGGCAUGUAGGAGCAUGGAUGAUGAAGCUGUGGAUAAGGAUUAAAAAAAAAUGGACCAGGGCCUGGAGAGAUGGGUUAGUGGUUUAGAGCACAGACUUGGUUUUCCUGAGGACCCAGGUUCCACCCCAACACUCUGCAUAGCUACUUGCAACUGUAAUUCCAAUUCCAGGAGAUCUGACACCCUCUUCUGACCUCUGUAGAUAUCAGACACACACAUGGUGCACAGGUGUUUAUGUAAACCAAACACUCAUACACAUAAAAUAAAUUUAAAAAGAUUUUAGAGGCCAGGCUCCUGAUAGAAGAGACUGAAGUCCACAGAGACCUGAAGCUGGCCUGAGGCGGUGGUAUGAGGAGAUGGUGGGUACCUAAAACCUUUACCCGGGUCCUUAGGCCCCAGAUCAAGUUUUCUGAGUCCCUUUCAUCAGGCCAUGGCCUGUGCAGUCUGGAAUGUCUAUUAGCACUCUCCUCCACAGAGACUUGGGAAGCCUUCUGGAGAAGUUCUGGCAUAAGGACAAAGCACGACUGAGAUCAUCUACUGGUUAGUGCCAGCAAUGCAAAGGACAACAUAGAACAAGUCAAGCUUGCACUCGAGACAGCUGGGGGACACUGGCAGAGAACAUUAGAGCACGUGGCCCACAUAAACAAGAGAGGGUGUAAAACAGACUACAUAGGAAGGAAUACAGUAACAAUGCUGACAAAAACGCCAGAAACCACGGACAUUUUUAUAAGAUUUUAUAUAUGAAACACUGGGGUUCAUGAUGGUGUUUCCAUAGUGUGUAUAUAUUAUCCUCACUUAUUACCUUCUCAUGCCUCUCUUCUCCACUAAACAAAUUUCCUCCAGACCCCUUCCUCACUCAUUCCCUUCUUCCCUCCCUUCUUUAUUCUACAUAUUAGAGAAAAAAAGGUUUCUGAGUCCUUCUUUAUAUUCUGUGAGUGCCUACAUGUACGUGGGCCAUCUGCAAGAGUAACCAGGGUUCUUAACCACUGAACCAUCUCUCCAACAACCCCUCAGCCUUUUCCUGUUAACAGGAUAAUCUCCAGUUUUAUCAAAUUUCCUGCCAAGGACAUAGUUUCAUGCUUCUCUGUGGCUGAAUAGUACUGCAGCUACAUUUGUUCACCACGUUUCCUUUAUCCAUUCAUCUGUUGAUGGACGUCUAGACUAAUACCGUAUCUUAACUGUAGUGAACAGUGCUACAGUAAACACAGAUGCACAGGGUUCUCUGUUGUAGGCUGAGAAUAUUCCUUCAGAUACAAACCCAGGGGUGGCUUAGUUUCAUCAUCAUAUCGAUCAUUAUAUUUUUAAGUUUUUAAGAACUUCCACAUUGGUUUCAAUUGUAGCUGCACUAGUUUACCUCCAGCAAUUUUUGUUUGGUUGUUGAUUAUAUUAACUAUUCUGGCUGAUAGAAUCUCAGUGUAUGGUGUGUGUGUGUGUGUGUGUGUGUGUGUGUGUGUUUAGAUAGCUACAUACGUCAAUGUAAUUUGAAAUCUAAAUUUCCUUUAGCUAGAGAUGUUGAGAUUUUUUUAUGUAUUUAUUAUUUGUAUUUUUUAUUACAUGUAUUUAUUUGUUUUGUCUGUGGAUGCACUUGUGGUGUUGGUGCGCAUGUGGAGGCCAGAAUAACCUGUGGGUGCAGGCUUUCUCCUACUAUCUGGGUUCCACAGAUUGAACUCCAGUCUUCAGACUUGAUGGAAAACAUCUUUACCUGCCAAGCCAUCUCACCUCCCCUGUAUUUAUUCUUCUGAGAACUUGCUCAUUUAAUGACUGAAUUAUUUGUGUGGGGUGCGGUUUUUAGGUAUCUAUUUAUUUGGAUUCUUUAUAGAUGCUAGGUACCAUGCUGACAUCCUCUCAGAUGUACGGUUGGUAAAGUUUUUCCCACUUUAGGCUGUCUCUUCACUUUGUUUUAUUGCUGUGCAGGAGCUUUUGAUUUUUAUGCAAGUUCAUCUGUCAUUCUUGUCAUUUCACGGGCUAUGGGAGUCUUUCAGAAAGUUUUUGCCUGUGCCUAGAUCUUGAAGGGUUUUCUCUAGCAGUAUAACACUUCCAGGCUUUAUAUUGAAGUCUUUGGUCGGUUUUGAGCUGAUUUUUGUUGAAGGCAUGAGAGUGAUCCACUUUCGUUUUCUUACAUGUGGAUGUCCCCUUCCCAGCACCAUUUGUUGAAGAGGCUGUCUUUUCUAGUAUGUGUUCUGAGCACCUUUGUCAAAAAAUCAGAUGUCUGAGCAGGCAAGAUGACUCAGCAGGUAAAAGUACUUUGUCAUACAAACCAGACAACCUAGGUUCAAUCCCCAGAACCCUUCUACAGGUAGGAGAGAACCAACUUCACAAAGUUGUCUUCUGACCUUCCUAAUUGUAUAUCAUAGCACACACACACACACACGGGGAGGGAGGGAGAGAGAGAUUAAUCAUAUGACUAAAUGGGUUUAUUUUUGGACCCUCUAUUGUAUUCUACUUGUCUACGAGUCUGUUUUUGCCACUAACAUACUGACUUCUACUACCACUAUGGCUCUGUGGUAUAAUUUAAAAUCAGUGACACUGGUAACUUUGCUGUUUCUGCUCAGGAUCUUUUAUGCUAUCAUGUGAAUUUUAGGAUAUAUUUUUCUCUAUUUUGUGAAGAAUGUACUUGGAAUUUUGAUGGGAAUUAAGAAUAAAUCUGUCAGCCAUUUUGGCUAUAGAACCAUGUUGAAAUUUUUUAUACUGAAAAUUUGUUAUAAUACUCACAGUGAUGUGACGAGACUCAUGGACUGGACUAGCAAGACUAGGAUCCCUCAGAGGUGUCUGCUUUGGUUCUUAUUUCCAAUUUCUUUCCCUGUGCUUGAGUUCUGUUCUGAAUUCUCCGUGAUAGAUAGUAUACUGACUGGGUUUUGUCAACUUUGACACAGACCUAGACAUAUCUGGGAAGAGGAAAUCUUAAUUAAGAAAAAUCCCUCUGCAGGGCUGGAGAGAUGGCUUAGAAGUUAAGAGCACUGGCUGCUCUUCCAGGGGUCCUAAGCUUAAUUCCCAGCAACCACAUGGUGGUUCACAACCAUAUAUAAUGAGAUCUGGUGUCCUCUUCUGGCCUGCAGGCAUAUAUCCAGGCAGAACACUGUGUACCUAAUAAAUCAAUCUUUAAAAAAGAAAAAUCCCUCCAUAUGAUGGACCUGAAGGCAACUAGGCAACUAUGUGGUGUAAUGUCUUGAUUAAAGAUUCAUGUGGGAGGAUCCAUCACUGUGGGCAGUGCCACCCUGGGUCAGUGGUUCUAGGUUGUAUAAGAAAGCAGGCUGAGCAAGCCGUGGGGAGCAAGUCAGUAACCAGUACUCCUCCAUUGCCUCUGCUUUAGGUCUCUAGGUUCCUGCCCCGAUUCCUUCAAUGAUAAACUAUGAUG